AAACGAUUAAAUACGAUGAACUCCAUUACCCAUACAACCCUCUGCCAGCGUGUUACGUCAUAACGUCAGACGCUAGGCAUAUUUCAACAUGGAGGACAUCGUAGCUGUAGAAAAGAGCCCGGAAGAGAUGCCGGCAAUACUGACCUCCAGACCUCAGACAGGACUGUCCUUCCUGGCACCUGAACCAGAAGACCUUGAGGACCUUUACAGCAGAUACAAGAAGCUGCAGCAGGAGCUGGAGUUCCUGGAAGUGCAGGAGGAGUACAUUAAAGAUGAACAGAAGAACCUGAAGAAAGAAUUCCUCCAUGCCCAGGAGGAGGUGAAGAGGAUACAGAGCAUCCCACUUGUCAUUGGCCAGUUCCUGGAAGCUGUUGACCAGAACACAGCCAUUGUUGGCUCAACUACAGGGUCCAACUACUAUGUGCGCAUCCUGAGCACCAUCGACAGAGAGCUGCUGAAGCCCAACGCCUCAGUGGCCUUGCACAAGCACAGCAAUGCCCUGGUGGAUGUUCUCCCUCCUGAAGCUGAUAGCAGCAUCAUGAUGCUGACGUCGGACCAAAAGCCAGAUGUGAUGUAUGCUGACAUUGGUGGUAUGGACAUUCAGAAGCAGGAAGUCCGAGAAGCUGUAGAGCUGCCACUCACACACUUUGAGCUCUACAAACAGAUUGGCAUUGACCCACCCAGGGGUGUCCUUAUGUAUGGACCUCCAGGUUGUGGUAAGACCAUGUUGGCUAAGGCUGUGGCCCACCACACUACAGCGGCGUUCAUCCGUGUGGUGGGCUCUGAGUUUGUUCAGAAGUAUUUGGGUGAAGGCCCUCGUAUGGUGCGUGAUGUCUUCCGGCUGGCGAAGGAAAAUGCCCCUGCCAUCAUCUUCAUUGAUGAGAUCGAUGCCAUCGCCACUAAGCGUUUCGAUGCGCAGACUGGAGCUGACAGGGAGGUGCAGAGAAUCUUACUUGAGCUGCUUAAUCAAAUGGACGGCUUCGACCAGAACGUCAAUGUUAAGGUGAUCAUGGCCACCAACAGAGCAGACACGCUGGACCCGGCCCUGCUGCGUCCUGGUCGUCUGGACAGAAAGAUUGAGUUCCCCCUGCCCGACCGCAGGCAGAAACGUCUCGUUUUCUCCACCAUCACCAGUAAAAUGAACCUCUCUGAGGAGGUGGACCUGGAGGACUAUGUGGCCAGACCAGACAAGAUCUCUGGAGCCGAUAUCAACUCCAUCUGCCAGGAGGCUGGCAUGUUGGCAGUGCGUGAGAACAGGUAUAUCGUCCUGGCCAAAGACUUUGAAAAAGCUUACAAGACCGUCAUCAAAAAGGACGAGCAGGAGCACGAGUUCUACAAGUAGAGAGAAACGAUACAGUUCUUGGGGGGGAAAAAAGUGUCCAGGGACCGAAUUUUCUUAUUGAUUUACGCCUGUGUGUCUGUAUCUACAGUGUGUCUUUAGUGGAUUUGUAGUCCCUGAGCAUUGAUUUUUGGAUUAAAUUUACUCACUGCAGCACGAGGCCUAACGUCAGAUUAGCCCGUCUCCAGCCUUGAGAAGAGACACUACCAUGUGAAGGAGUGUUUUUUUUUGUACAGGCACUCUACUGGUUCUGAAAAAUAUCUGGCCCCGACUUUAGCUAAGACGGAACAUUUGUAUCUGUGUACUCACUUCAAAAGACAUUACAUUAAAAAAAUCCAUUAAAGAUGUUUUCCAUAAAGAAAGUUAAUCAUGGUCAUUGUUUUUCUGCCUUGAAUUAUACAUAUAUAUACUGUACUAUAGAUACUUAAUUAUAAAUCUAGCAUCAGUGUUAUGAUUUUUCUUGUUAGAGCUGCAACAUGUAGUCAACAUUUCUACUAGUUUAUUGAUUAAUUAAUUGGCAACUACAGUAAUUUAAUUAAAUGUUUUAUUGUCUCUGUCAUCUUUUUAAACAAAACUAAUCUACUGGUUCCAAUGUAGCUAUGGACUUAUUGUAUUAAUCUUCUAUGAUAUAACAUUAAAUACCUUUUUUAAGGUUUUGGACUAUUGGUUGGUCAAAAGAAGAGUUUUGACAUGUCAUCUAAAGCUUUUGGAAACUAUAGUCCUGUAUUGCCUGACCUGUAUCCACACUACCUUUGCACUGUUCAGUAAUGGUGCUAUGUUUCCUGCUAGUAAAAUGUUUUUUGAGGGGCAGCACCUACCUAUUUUGAGGCGAGGUAGAUGGGAAAUGUUGCCAUAAAGGGUGGAAUUGAUGAUUUGGACAAAAACAAUGUGAAUAAACUUGUAUUUUAAUCUGGUAA